CUCCUCUUCCUCCCCCUUCCCUUUUGUUCCUGCUUCGCUCCUUCCUGCAGCUGCGGGCCUCGCCCACGCCCACUGCCGCCCGCUCGGGGGCGAGGGCCCGCGGAUCCCCGACCCCGACGCGGUGCAGCCGGAGACCUGGGACGAAGAGGAAGACGGGCCGUGGGAGCGGCCCCUGAUCCAGAAGCCCCGCCCCGGGCCCCUGGCGGUGUUCCGCGCGGAGAUGGUGAACUCCCUGAGGGACGCGUGCCCGUGGCUGCUGCUGGGCCUGCUGUUCACGGGUGCCCUGCAGGCCCCUCCUC